GCUCACACACGCGCAGGAAGCACUGUGACGCAAUCAGAAUCCCAAAGAUGGCGGCGUUAGCUGCGCCUCGCCUGGCCAUGUUUGGCAGCUUUUCAACAAGGCCCAUUUCAGUGUUUGCUGUUCACCAGAGGAGUCUGCACAACAGUACAAAAAGCGAGAAUACCACCACGAGUGUGGUUCCAGUCAGAGAGAAGAGCACGGCUGUGGCAGCAGCCAAACCAGCAGCUGCAGCCAGCAGCAAGGGGGAGUAUGUUAUCACUAAGCUGGACGACUUGGUUAACUGGGCACGCAGGAGCUCUCUGUGGCCCAUGACCUUUGGCCUGGCGUGCUGCGCGGUGGAGAUGAUGCACAUGGCAGCACCUCGUUACGACAUGGACCGCUUCGGAGUGGUGUUCAGAGCAAGUCCCCGUCAGGCUGAUGUCAUGAUCGUGGCAGGAACGCUGACCAAUAAGAUGGCUCCGGCUCUCCGUAAGGUGUACGACCAGAUGCCAGAGCCCAGAUACGUCAUUUCCAUGGGAAGUUGUGCUAAUGGAGGGGGCUACUACCACUACUCCUAUGCAGUCGUCAGAGGCUGCGACCGAAUCGUACCAGUGGACAUUUACGUUCCAGGUUGUCCCCCCACAGCAGAAGCUCUUCUCUAUGGGACUUUACAGCUGCAGAGGAAAAUCAAACGUGAGAAGAAGCUCAAGAUCUGGUAUCGGAAGUGAAUGUGUUGUAUGUGUGUCUGUAUCGGUAUGUAAAAUGUCAUAUUUCUGAUUUUAUUUGGAGCACUGCUCCUCCUCCAUGUAGAGCUGCAGAAACGAACCUCAAUAAAAUCAAUAUUGUAAUUUACGCACAGUGCACUGCUGCUUAUUUUCAACCAAACACAGCAGCAGUCAGUCAGUUCAGUUUGCUUCUUUAGUUCAGUAUUAAUACCUGGUAAAGGUCUAUGUCUGAAUUUAAAUAAGUCCUCUUUAUUCACGUAGCCAUGUGCACCUUUCUCAUGUUUAGAUCAAACUUUCAUUCAGUCAUAACUGUAAGACAAAAAGACAAGUCAUCCUGUAUUAUCUUAAAUAUUACUUUAGAUAAACUGGGUUCACAUUAGAAUAUAUUAUUUUAGCAUCUGGUGUGUGAUUCUUUCCACUGUGACCAAUAAAGCUGAGUUUAAACCAC